AUGAAUAUACAUAUCUAUCUAUCUAUCUAUCUAUCUAUCUAUCUAUCUAUUUCUGUUAGUAUCUAUCUAUCUAUCUAUCUAUCUAUCUAUCUAUCUAUAUUUUUCAGUGUCUUCAGAUCUAUCUAUCUAUCUAUCUAUCUAUCUAUCUAUCUAUCUAUCCUAGUAUGUGAAUUAUCUAUAUAUCUAUCCAUCUCAUUCUGUUCAUAUCUAUCUAUCUAUCUAAUUCUGUUAGUAUCUAUCUAUCUAUCUAUCUAUCUAUCUAUCUAUCUAUCUAUCCUAGUAUGUGAAUUAUCUAUAUAUCUAUCCAUCUCAUUCUGUUCAUAUCUAUCUAUCUAUCUAUCUAUCUAUCUAAUUCUGUUAGUAUCUAUCUAUCCUAGUAUUAUCUAUCUAUCUAUCUAUCGACCUAUCCUAGUAUGUGAAUUAUCUAUCCAUCUCAUUCUGUUCAUAUCUAUCUAUCUAUCUAUCUAUCUAAUUCUGUUAGUAUCUAUCUAUCUAUCUAUCUAUCUAUCUAUCUAUCUAUCUAUCUAUCUAUCUAUCCUACCGAAUACUUCUCUCUUUAUUCGACUCGUAAGAAAGAUUCUUUCAUUGCCAUAA